AUGUUCUUGUCAACAGUCGCUGUGUUCUUCACGGAAGUUAUGAAAUGCAUCGUGUGUCUUGCUAUUAUUCUCAAAGAGGAGACGCCUAGGAGGUUUUUUGGAGUUUUGAUGGAUCAGGUGGUGCGGCAGCCGUAUGACACCUUAAAGGUCUGUGUACCAGCGAUGGUGUACAUUGUACAGAACAAUUUGUUUUACAUUGCUGCUUCGCAUCUGGAUGCUGCAACAUUCAUGAUAACAUCUCAGCUGAAAAUAUUCACGGCUGCAAUCUUCACGGUCAUCAUUCUCAAGAGAUCGCUAACAGGAGCGCAAUGGUUUGCUCUUUUGGUACUGUUUGUUGGAGUUUCUUUGGUGCAAGUGCAGUCGGCUGGAGGUAGUUCGGCCGGUUUGGAUGGACAGAAACCAUUAGUUGGGUUUUUCGCGGUGGUCAUCGCUUGCUGCCUUUCUGGAUUCGCUGGAAUAUAUUUCGAAAAGAUUCUGAAAGGUUCAGCACCAGUGUCUUUAUGGAUGCGUAAUGUACAGAUGUGCGUGUU